CUCUAAUCUGUGCGUAAUGUACGUGGAAUGAAAAUAGAGGAUGGAUAUAAUCUGGGAAAUACUGAUCAUUCUUCAAGCCAAUUUUAUUGUCCGCAUAUCAGCACAGCCGAAUCCACCGAAAAUUCACGAAGGAUGGUGGGCGUACAAGGAGGUUGUGCAGGGGAGCUUUGUUCCAGUGCCGUCGUUCUGGGGGCUGGUAAACUCGGCCUGGAACCUGUGCUCGGUCGGGAAGAGGCAGUCACCAGUCAACAUCGAGACCAGCCACAUGAUCUUUGACCCCUUCCUCACGCCCAUUAAGCUGAACACAGGUGGACGCAAGGUGGGAGGGACUAUGUACAACACGGGCCGUCAUGUCUCUCUGCGACUGGACAAGGAGCAUCUGGUUAACAUCUCUGGAGGGCCAAUGACGUACAGCCAUCGUCUGGAGGAGAUCCGGAUACACUUUGGCAGCGAGGACGGCCAAGGCUCUGAACACCUGCUGAACGGACAGGCCUUCUCUGGAGAGGUUCAGCUGAUCCACUACAAUCACGAGCUGUACACAAAUUAUACAGAAGCUGCUAAAAGCCCCAAUGGACUGGUCAUAGUGUCCAUAUUCAUGAAGAUUGCUGAGACAUCGAACUCUUUCCUGAAUCGAAUGCUGAACAGAGACACCAUCACAAGAAUAACAUAUAAAAAUGAUGCGUAUCUACUGACCGGCCUGAACAUAGAGGAGAUUUACCCAGAGACAAGUAGUUUUAUCACAUAUGAUGGAUCGAUGACCAUCCCUCCAUGCUUUGAGACAGCCACAUGGAUCCUGAUGAACAAGCCAGUGUACCUGACACGCAUGCAGAUGCACUCCUUGCGCCUGCUGAGCCAGAACCAGCCAUCUCAGAUCUUCCUUAGCAUGAGCGACAACGUCCGCCCAGUCCAGCCGCUGAACAACCGCUGCAUCCGUACCAAUAUCAACUUCAGCAUGCAGGGCAAAGACUGCCCCAACAACAGGGCUCAGAAGCUCCAAUACCGAGUGAACGAGUGGUUGCUAAAGUAGCCUCCCUUGGAUGAGCAUGGAGACGAGUCUCAGAGAUGGAGAGCGGGAGCAGGACAAGGCGAGGGGGGAGAAGGGGAGUAUGGGAGGAUGGAGGAGGGAAGGAUGUGAACCCAGGCUUAAGGCUGCAUCUCAUCUAAGAUUAUUUCAUGGCAUUGUAUAAAGACAAAAAAACACCAGACAUUAUCCAAAUUAAGGAACUCAAUCCGAGCAAAGAGACUCUUCUUUUCAUACAUACAGAACUGUUUGAACCCCCGAUCUAACACAUGCUAACAAGUCCUUUCCCCCACUGUACGACUAUAUCUACACGGACAUUUUGAUACCAAUACUUUUUUGGGAGAAAACAAAAAAAAGACACUUGGAAACACACUAAAAAAAAACAAAAAAACAAUGUGGAAGCAUUUAUUUGAUAGCCUCCCAACCAAUAGGACAAUGUUGGGACUCUAAAGCCUUUGUACAUAAAGAUGUUGCUAUCAGUGGCAAAUCCAAGGACUGUCACUGCCCCUACCCUGCCGGUCAAGACUAAGUGGUCAACAAGACUCACAUGGACGUUUCAUUACAGUAACCACCAAGGCAUGCAAUCAGCAAAACAGAGAGGGAACACAGCCUUACCUUGUCAUUUUCCUAAACUAGAGUCAUGUCAUGGGAGAGGAGUAAAUAUUUACAGGCUUUCUUAUGGCCUCAGAGCAACCAGUGUCUUGGCCUCGUUUGUACAUAUUAUAAUUAUCAAUACUGCAGAAAAAUUAAUAUGUAAAGAAAAGUAAUGAAUUAACGUUCAAAAGAUAUAUUAAGAGGAUUUUAAAAAAAGACUAAAAAGUUGAGAAUUUUAAAAAGCUUGGCGCACUUUGAAUUCUGGAGCAGUUCUCAGUCUGAGCUGAUGCCUUUUUUCUGUUUUAUUGUUUACAAUGGUCAUACACUGUGUUUGAGUAAUGUUAUCAGCCCAAUAAAUGUGUCUGGAAAGUACACUUUGGAAAAUGCUUCACUAUAUGAGGAUCUGACUUAUUGUAUCUG